AGAUGUGAAGAGCCAAGUUCUGAAUUUGCAUCUUUCAUUUCUCAAGAGAGCGUUAGAACCAUAAACCUGUGUGUUCUAGGCUGGUGGUCUCCGACUCCUUACUUACAAAGCUGUUUCACCUUCCUUUCAAUACAGAAAUAUUCAUAAGGUUUGAUAACUACACUGAAUCUUUGACUGUAGACUCCUCUAAACUGCAACACUGAAAACAAUGGCAACAGAAUGUAUAAAAAACUGCUGUAAAUGGUGUCUCUGCAUGGAAAAAGAAAAAAAUUAUUCAGUUUCCAUGGAGCAGGAUUCUGAAGCAGUAGCUGCAAGCAAGCCAACUAUUGUAGAGAAGCCUCCAUUGUCUUCUGUGUCAGUGAAGCGUCAAGUUGGCUGCUCAGAGGAUUAUCUGCUUUCUAAACUGCCUCUGGAUGGUCAGGAGGUACCAUUUGUGGUCCCUCCAUUCAAACUGGCUUAUGUACAGCCGAAGAACCUUCCUAGUAUCUCACAUGCUGGAGGGAUUCAAGAAUCUGCCAGAGCCUCGUUUGGUGACCGGAAAUCAGAACUGCACAGCGUGUACCAAUGGCCCCGCUAUGACGUGUACAACCCCUUCUAUUUGGAGCACCGGGUUUCGCCAGAUCUGAUGAGGCGCUUCCAAGCAAAAUCAGAUCAUAGGAAAUUAUAUGGAUCAGUUAGUGAUUUAAGACCUAGUACUUUGCCUGGAUCAUUUGAUGUAAGUCGUUCAAUGUUUGAUCUCAGAAGCCCACCUCAUCGAUUCAUGAAGAGAUAUGAUUCAGUCUCCAGUGUACCUAGCAGUACCUCUUCCAGGAAGGAUUCACAAGGCAGUAACAGGAGUCUGGAUACUAUUACAUUAUCAGGUGAUGAACGAGACUUUGGAAGACUGAAUGUGAAGCUGUGUUAUGUUUCUUCUGUAGAACAGAUUUGGAUCACGGUUUUACAUUGCAAAGACCUGAGCUGGCCUUCUAGCUGUGGAGCAAAUCCUCGUAUCUGUGUCAAGGGAAUUCUCACACUGCCCAAACCAGUGCAUUUCAGAUCUUCUGCCAAGGAGGGGUGCAAUGACAUUGAAUUUAUGGAAACUUUUGUAUUUGCUAUUAAACUGCAAAGCCUGCAGGCUGUCAGAUUGGUAUUUAAAAUCCAGACACAGACACCCAGGAAAAAAACAAUUGGAGAGUGCUUCUUGGCGCUGCGGGAGCUCAGCUCAGAGGAGUCAAGUCAUUGGCUGGAUAUAUCUCCUCCUUCCAAAGCACCUGUGUGCCGUGCAGAACUUCAAAUAGGAACUUGUUUUCAAGCAAUAAACAGGAGGAUUCAGUUACAGAUUCUUGAAGCACAAAACCUUCCAGUUUCAUCUACACCACUGUCUUCAAAUUUCUUUGUGAAAGUUGGAAUGUUCAGUACAGAAGGGAUCAUCUAUAAGAAGAAGACUCGUCUUCUGAAGUCGAUUAAUGGCCAAGUAAAAUGGGGAGAAAUGAUGAUUUUUCCAGUUAGCCAAGCUGAACAAGGAAUUAGCUUUCUCAUCAAGCUCUACAGCAGAAGCUCAGUGAGAAGAAAACACUUCCUAGGACAGAUCUGGUUAAGUUCUGAUAGCAGUAACAGUGAAGCAGUAGAGCAGUGGAAAGAUACUAUUGCCAACCCUGAAAAAGUUGUUGUUAAAUGGUACAGCAUUGGUCCAUCUUGAAGACUGGAGAUGAAACUCGGGACUGAUUUUUCUACAAAGAUAGUCGUAUGCCGUUUAAAAUAGUAUAAAUAAAAAGAAAAAUAUGGUCUACACAAGUUCAUCAGAAGUUCUACACUGCAUCACACCUCCAUGGUAAUGGAAAAUUCAGUUUCAGCAAGAGAAAUACUGGCUAAAAAUUAUUAAGAAAAAGACGUAAGAACUGGGCAAAGUGCUCAUUUGCUUUUAAAAAAUCCACCUUGAAAAAUGUAUUUUUACCCCUUUCAGGAUCCAUAAUAGCAGAGAAAUCCAAUCUAGGAGAGAAGCAGCUCGAAUCAGGAUUUUCUUCACUAGUCACUGACAUCAUCCUCAUCUGCAAUCUCGUCUUUGGCAGACUCCAAAGUCCAUGAGAAUAAGUUGGUCUGUGGCCUGAUCCUAGGCACCUCUGAGCCUCUGGGGUUACACCGGGGUUACACCAUUUAUCAGAGGAACGUGUGCCUGAGCAAGUGGGAAAGCAGUGGCAGUAGGAGAAGGCAUAAGGGGAAUGAUGCAAUAGGCAGUAGCCAAAGGCUUUUCUAAUCUCCAUCUUUGAAGAUAGAGAUGUUCAGUACCCUGAUGUGCCUGUAGCUUGGGUUUUCCCCCAUCCUUCUCUCUAAAUGAAAGGGCUGAAAUAGAAUGGUUUCUCUGACUAACUGUGAUCUUCACAAGUGGGGUCCUCCAGACUUGCUCUGUUUGGGUGAAUUCUUCUUGGAAUCAGUAGAAUAACACGAAGAGGCAACAGCCCUGCCUAGGAUCAGAGCUGAUAUUUUUAGAUAAACUACUUUCUUAAAAAGAAUUCUUAUAUGUAAACCACAUACUAUCUAAUCAACAAUGUUCUAGCAUUUGCUUACAUUGCUAAAAACCAGACUAACAUGUAUGAAGGAGUAAGCAAAUAUUUACUGAUAUAAGUGCUUUUUGAUGUUAAUUAAAAUGCAGCACAGUAAGGGACUCAGACUUUGUUUAAAAGAUGGGCUACUACUGCAGAAGUAUUUGUUACGUGUCUAGGAUACUGAAAAAUUAUGUGUGGGAGUAUAUUUUUCUUGUUUAUAGCAAGAAAAAAUUACCAUAUUUUUAUGGCAAAUUACAUUUUUCCUACAAAAUCCUACGAUUAUUUUUCUAUUAGUCCCCAUAUUUUCAGGGGUUUAUUCACAGUUAUUUUUAAGGUGAGAAAAUGCCAUGUA